AUGGCUGAAGAACUGAGCAAGAACUUUGAGACGCUGCAGCUCCAUGCAGGCCAGCAGCCCGACCCAACCACCAACUCGCGCGCCGUCCCCAUCUACGCCACCACGAGCUUCACUUUCAAUGACUCAGCCCACGGCGCGAGGCUCUUUGGCCUCAAGGAGUUUGGCAACAUUUACAGCCGUAUCAUGAACCCCACGGUCGACGUCUUCGAGAAGCGCAUCGCCGCGCUCGAGGGCGGCGUGGCCGCGCUGGCCACCUCCUCCGGCCAGGCCGCCCAGUUCAUCGCCAUCAGCGCCCUCGCCCAGGCCGGUGAUAAUAUCGUCGCGACCUCGCUGCUCUAUGGCGGCACCUACAACCAGUUCAAGGUGUUCCUGCCGCGCCUCGGCAUCCACACAAAAUUUGUUGAUGGCGACCGCGUCGAGGACAUUGCCAACGCCAUUGACGACAAGACCAAGGCCGUCUACGUCGAGAGUAUCGGCAACCCAAAGUACAACGUGCCUGAUCUCGAGGCCAUCGCCAAGGUCGCCCACGAGAAGGGCGUGCCCGUCAUUGUCGACAACACCUUUGGCGCUGGCGGCUACUUCAUUCGCCCCAUCGACCACGGCGCCGACAUCGUUGUCCACUCGGCGACCAAGUGGAUCGGCGGCCACGGCACCACCAUCGGCGGCGUCAUCGUCGACAGCGGCAAGUUCAAGUGGGACAACGGUCGCUUCCCGCUCAUGACGGAGCCCAGCGACGGCUACCACGGCCUCAAGUUCUGGGAGACGUUCGGCCCCAUCACCUUCAUCAUCCGCGCCCGCGUCGAGAUCCUGCGUGACCUCGGCGCCAGCCUCAACCCCUUCGCCGCCCAGCAGCUCCUCAUCGGUAUCGAGACGCUCUCACUCCGCGCCGAGCGCCACGCCCAGAACGCCCUUGCCCUCGCCAAGUGGCUCGAGGCCAGCGACUAUGUCAGCUGGGUUUCGUACCCCGGCCUCGAGAGCCACCCGUACCACGAGACGGCCAAGAAGUACCUCAAGCGCGGCUUCGGCGGCGUCCUCAGCUUCGGCGUCAAGGGCGGCGGCUCCGCAGGCAGCCAGGUCGUCGACGGCUUCAAGCUCAUCUCCAACCUCGCCAACGUCGGCGACUCCAAGACCCUCGCCAUCCACCCCUGGACCACUACCCACGAGCAGCUGUCCGACGAAGAGAAGAAGAGCUCCGGCGUCAGCGAGGAUCCGCAACAGGACCUCAUCCGCAUCUCGGUCGGCACGGAGCACAUUGAUGACAUCAUCGGCGAUUUCGAGCAGUCUUUCAAGAACGCCGCGGCCGCCACGACCGCCGGCAAGGCCGCCCCCGCCGCGGAGAACAAGCACGAGGACGCGCCGUUGGCCCCGUAA